CGUGACGAAAUGGUACAACGUGCAUAAACAUGUGCAUCAGAGUGUCCUUUCAGUAUAAAUACGGUGAGUUGGUUAUGUCUGACAGAAUUCUUACCCUCGACGGUCACCACAACACGAUCUCUCCUUAAACUAACAGUAGCCUGCAAUAAGAUGAUGCACAAAAUGAUGGGCAUGGCUCUACUUGUUGUACUACCAACGUUUUGCCUUGGAUUUCUGGCUGAUGAUAUCUUCGACCAGGCCCCAAAGACAGUUGAUAAGGUAGACAUUGAAAAAUACUUGGGAAGAUGGUACCAAGCGUACUCCAACAAGAACAUGGAGGCCCGAUUUCUGAAGGAUGCCUUCUGUGUCCACGCUGACUACACGCUCGUGAAUGCUACGACGAUCACAGUACGUAAUUCCAAUCGUCGGAGGUCACCUACUGGGCCCCUAGGUCAGAUUGAGGGUUUCGGCUACAAGUCUGAGAGCGAGGGAAAACUUUGGAUCAAGCUUAACAAUGGAAGAUUAAAUCCAUCACCAUUCUGGAUCUUAAAGCUUGGACCUGUCAUAAAUGGUCAGUACCAAUACGCUGUUAGCUCCGACCCACUCCGUUUUGCGCUGUUUGUCCUGACAAGAAACCCCAGUGAAUUCUACGAGAAAUACAAUGAUGAAGUUUUGGAGUUCUUGAAAGAGCAGGCAUUUACGAAUGAGGGAAACAAGCCACAGAAGUCGUAUCAGGGGGACGAUUGUCUAUAUGUCGAACCACAACUAUAA